AUGGUAAUCGUCUUACCGUUCAGGUUCCUUCCUGAUAAUAGUGUUGGCCGCCAUCCAUUCGCUUUCAUACCGUUUUCGGCUGGUAGUCGCAAUUGCAUUGGGCAGAGGCGAGGAGAGGGAACACAGAGCAAGCGCAACGGCAAGCAAAGAGGAACACACGGUUCAAGUGCUAAUGAGAAGACUUGA